CGACGAUUCGGCUCGAUUUGCUCAUUUAAAGUAGCAAAGCAUCUCGGUACCUAUUCAAAAUCUGAGUCAAGUCAGCAACAACAAGCUCUAGCCAUUCCAACGUGCCUUCAUCUCUUCCUUCCGGACCAGUUGGCAGCAUGUCCUCUUCCACCCCGCUCUUGUUGGAUCAAGAGGAGAUUUGGGUUGGAAAGAUCCUCCCCUUUCUUGGCAUGGGGCAGUAUGCUUUUACUGGGCCUGUCAAUAAGAAACUCAAUCAACUCUACAAAGAUUUCUGUGCGACUGUACAGAAGCCACCUUUGGUGAAGGAUGGCAAGGAUCAGAUAUCUGCAUCCAGCACUGACACAUUCCACGGUGCUGCAUUCUGCAAUGUGGCCUGUGCUGAAUACUGGUAUGCUGACAGUUCCAGCAGCAAGAGUCCUAGCCAAGAAAGAGUUUGCAGCGUCAUUGCCAGUGUUGGAAGUCGUCCAGCUCUCCAGUGGGCUAGAACCAAGAAUUUUCCAUGGGACUCUUUCACAUGUGAGGCAGCAGCUGGCAAUGGUCAUCUUGAAACUCUGAAAUGGGCUCAUGAGAAUGGAUGCCCCUGGAGUGGAGGGACAUGUGAAGCAGCAGCUGGCAAUAAUCAUCUUGAAACUCUGAAAUGGGCUCAUGAGAAUGGAUGCCCCUGGAGUAACGAGACAUGUCUGGCUGCUGCCACAUAUGGCCACUUGGAAAUCCUGAAAUGGACUCUUGAGCAUGGAUGCCCCUGGGAUUUCAGAAUUGGUUUGAUUGCUUCUGCAAAUGGCCAAUUGGAAAUCCUGAAAUGGGCUCAUGAGAAUGGAUGCUCCUGGAAUGAAGGAAUAACUUCUUUUGCUGCCAUGGGUGGCAACUUUGAAGUAUUGAAAUGGGCACAUGAGAUUGGAUGCCCUUGGGAUGCUGACACAUGUGUUAUUGUGGUUCGAGGAGGUCAUUUGGAAAUGCUUAAAUGGGCACAUGAGAAUGGAUACCCUUGGGAUGAACAGACUUGCACAGAGGCUGCUGAACAUGGUAAAUUUGAAAUAUUGAAAUGGGCACAUGAGAAUGGAUGCCCUUGGAAUGCACAGACUUGUGAAGAAGCUGCUGGAGCAGGCCAUCUCGAAAUAUUGAAAUGGGCCAGAGCUCAUGGAUGCCCUUGGGAUGUACAGACUUGCGCAUCGGCUGCCCGAGCAGGCCAUUUUGAAUUAUUGAAAUGGGCCAGAGCAAAUGGAUGCCCAUGGGAUAGAAGAACACGAAAAGCAGCUGCUUUCAGUGGUCAUGAUGAAAUUGUUGAAUGGGCCAUUGCAAAUGGUGUAGCAUAGGUCUUUUUUCUCUAUUCUAGAUUGGCAUUUUAGGUUGGCUC